AGCGUUCCAUUAGUGAUCCGGUAACGUUAACGACCUGUCGUCCCAUCAUUUGCCGACGCGUUAGUCUGCGUGGCAGGUCCAGCAGGUGCUUGGGGGCUUCCUUCGCCGGUCAACUCGGGCGGAGACUCCGCCGCCGACCGAGACCAACCGACGGCGUUUGUACGCGGCCAUCUUCACGAACUGGCUGCGGCGACGAAGACGACGAUUAACGACGCAUCCGCGCCACGCCAGACCAACCAAUCAGCCAUCGCCAGCGCGUUCCGGCCAAGUGUCUAUAAGCGUUGUUCCUGCCUCGGAGGGUGCCUGUGGAGCUCGAGCUGCUGCAUUCGUACCCGGACUUUGCCGAGAAAGAAACAAUGUCGAAAGUUGCGGUGAUGCGACCCCGCAUGGCAGCUGGCUGCACCGCGUCAGAACUCCGAACGGUACACGUGGGACGCUCCCCGGUCGUCGCAGGGGUACCGGGAGGAGGCAGCCAGGUGGCGCCCUCGGCGCUCCCCUACAACGGCACGACACAGGCUUCGUUCGCGCAGGCCAUCUCGCAGAGGGUGGCGCCCUCUGCCGCUGCGCAACUGCGUGCUAACGCCGCCGCGGCUGCCGCCACCACCACCUCCUCCGUCACCAGCGCGAACGUGGUCGCCGCCUCGGCGGCCAUCAACCACGGCGGGGGAACCGCCAACGGAAACGGGGCCCGCAGCGUGGCGCCCACCGAGGGGUCGCUGCCUGCGACGUCGCCCUCGCCCACGGGCACGGCUGUGCGCGGUCACGGCAACGGGAUCAGCAGGGACAAGUCGCAGAGCGACGAGCUCAGGAUUCAGGAGAUCCAGCGGACUCUUCCGUCACACUUCCCGCGGCGGCCGGCGCAAGGCAGGCUGGGCCGGCCCAUCCAGCUGACCGCCAACCACUUCGCCGUCGAGAUCCCGGCCGGGAACGUGUACCACUACGACGUCGAGAUCUUCUCCGAGACCCGCAAGGAGGUCAAGGUGCCCGAGAACCGAAAGUACCGCUGCAUAAGCACCAAGAUCAACCGCUUGGUCAUCGAGCUGCUCGUCAAGAAGUACCGCCUCGACCUCAGCAACUGCGUGCCGGCCUUCGACGGCCGCAAGAACCUCUACACCCGGCGCGAGCUCAAGUUUCGCGAGCGCACCUUCACGGUCGACCUGGACGAGGACCAGCGGGUCCAGAAGUUCGUCGUCAAGAUCCAGUACGCGGCCACCGUGAACCUGGACGCGCUGCACGCGGUCUUCGACAACCGUGUCAACACCGUUCCGCAGGAGGUCUUGCAGGCCGUCGACAUCGUGCUGCGCCACGGCCCGUCCAUCAAGCUGACGCCCGUCGGCCGGUCCUUCUUCAAGCCGCCGCCCCACAACGAGAACAACACGCUCGGCGGGGGUCGCGAGGUCUGGUUCGGCUACUACACCAGCGUGCGACCGGCCCAGUGGAAGCCUAUGCUGAACGUGGACAUGUCCGCCACGGCUUUCUACGAGCCUCUCCCCAUCAUCUCUUUCAUGUGCAAGAUCUUCAGCGAGGGCCGCCGCGAGAUGACCGCGGGCGACUUCCGGGACCUGCGCGACUUCCAGAACGUCCGCCUCAACAAGGAGCUCAAGGGCCUGCGCGUCAAGGUGACCCACCUGCCGUACCCGCGGAAGUACAAGGUCAUCCGCGUCACCAAGGAGCCCGCGAAGAAGCUCUACUUCAACAUGGAGGACGGCUCCCGGUGCUCGGUGGCCGACUACUUCCAGAACCGGUACGGCCGGCUCAACUACCCGAACCUGCCGUGCGUGCAGACCGGCAGCGCGACGCACCCCGUCUACCUGCCGCUCGAGGUGUGCGAGAUCGUCGAGGGCCAGCACUGCAAGAAGAAGCUCGACGAGAACCAGACGUCCGAGAUGAUCAAGCGGACGGCGCAGCCGCCGGCCAAGCGCUUCAACGAGAUCCGCCAGUCGGUGCGCGACCUGGUCACCAGCAGCGAUCAGUGUCUGCGCGAGUUCUCCAUCAAGAUCAGCACCGAGCCGACCCAGCUCAAGGGCCGCGUGCUGGAGCCGCCGUCGCUGGUGUUCGAGAACAACGCGGUGAGCAAGCCGCGCGAGGGGACCUGGGAGCUCCGGGGCCGCCACUUCUACAAGGCCGCCUCGCUGAGCCGCUGGACGCUGCUGAACCUGAGCCGGUUCGCGCAGCGCGACAGCCUCGAGAACUUCGCCAAGAUGCUCGUGCGCGUCGGCCACGAGCUGGGCAUGCGCAUCGAGCAGCCGCUGGACAUCGGCGCCGCCGACACCAACCGCAAGCCGGUCCGCUCCGUGCUGCUGGAGGAGCAGCGCAAGCAGCCCAACCUCGAGAUGAUCGUCAUCGUGCUGGCCAAGAACUCCAACUACGCCGAGAUCAAGCAGGUGGCGGAGACCGAGAUAGGGCUUCGCACCCAGUGCGUCAUGGACAACAACGUUGUGAAGAAGUGUAACGCCGCGCUCGUCACCAACCUGCUGCAGAAGAUCAACGCCAAGCUUGGCGGCACCAACAACAGCCUGCUGUCGCAGGAGAAGCCGGCCAUCUUCCAGAAGCCCGUGAUCAUCAUCGGGGCGGACGUGACCCACCCGGCUCCCGGGGACAAGCUGAGGCCCUCGAUCGCCGCGUGCGUGGGCAGCCUCGACUCCAUCCCGUCAAAGUUCCAUGCCUCCAUCCGCAUCCAGAUGGAGGACUCGGCGGCCACGGCGCGCGUGGAGAUCAUCAAAGACCUCAAGGACAUGAUGAAGGACAUGCUGAAGGCCUUCUACCGCGCCACCAAGCACAAGCCCGAGCGGAUCAUCUUCUAUCGCGACGGUGUGAGCGAGGGCCAGUUCAUGGAGGUUCGCAAUCGGGAGGUAAGCGCCAUCCGGCUGGCCUGCCAGGAGCUGUCGCCCAACGAGACGUACGAGCCGGCCCUGACGUUCAUCGUGGUCCAGAAGCGUCACCACACCCGGUUCAUGCCGGCCAGCGACCGCGACGGCGUUGGCAAGUGCCGCAACGUGCCUCCUGGCACCACCGUCGACUCCGUGGUCACUCAUCCGCUGGACUUCGACUUCUUCUUGUGCAGCCACUUCGGAAUCCAGGGCACGAGCAAGCCCUCGCACUACUACAUAGUGUGGGACGACUCCAACUUCUCGGCCGACGACCUGCAGAAGCUCAGUUACUACCUGUGCCACACGUACGCCAGGUGCGCGCGCAGCGUGAGCAUCCCGGCGCCCGUGUACUACGCCCACCUGGCCGCGUACCGCGCCAAGAACCACGUGAUGAGCAAGGUGGACGUCUCGAGCUCCAGCAGUGACUCGUCCGGCGGCAGCGCCGACUCGGUCUCCACCAGCCAGUACGUGGAGGCCGUCAAGGUUCUGGACUCCCUGCAGACGGCCAUGUACUUCGUGUGACUCGCCCCCCCCCCCCCUCCGGCAAGCUUGGUCGUCUGCUCGGAGCACUUUUUUUUUUCAGGUCUUCAGCGCUGAGACGUCCGUCUCAGCUUUCCUUCUUUGUGUGCUUUCUUUUUGUUUUGUUUUGAAAAGUGUCUUCUUUGUUUGAAAUAAAAAAAAAACUUUUGUCUUUGCCGUAA